CUCCCUCUCACCUCCGGUUACCGUGGUCCUGGCCAUAACCGCGGCCCGAUUCUCGCAGCGGCCGUCUUAGUUUCGCAAGACUACGGCGGCCAUCUGAGAAACACCGCGAGUGCCGCGUUUACACACAGCCAGCUAAUUCCAACCGGAGAUUUCAGUAUCAGACAAGUUUUUGUCUGUACCAGAG